GUGGAACCUCAGAACCCCGGCGACACCGGGCUUGAGCGCGCAUCUCCGGGCGCGGGGUUCCUCCCACGCAGCCUCUCAUUCAAACGAUGCCGAAGGGGCGGCGCGGCAGCCAGAGCCCCAAGAUGAGCCAGCGGCCGGCCCCGCCUCUCUAUUUCCCAUCCCUCUACGACCGCGGCAUCUCGUCUUCGCCGCUCAGCGACUUCAACAUCUGGAAGAAGCUUUUUGUGCCGCUGAAGACUGGCGGGGCGGCAGCGGGCGCGGUGGCGGGGAGCCGGCCCUUGCCCCAGGCGCCCCCGGCCCCGGCGCCCCCGCCGCCGCCACCCGGCCUGGGUCCCCCCAGCGAGCGCCCCUGGCCCCCGCCCUGGCCUUCUGGCCUGGCCUCCAUCCCCUACGAGCCCCUGCGUUUCUUUUACUCGCCGCCGCCAGGGCCCGAAGUGGCUGGCUUGCCCUUGGCCCCCGGCCCCAAGACCCCCUGGCUCGCCUCUGCCUCCCACCCCGAGGAGUUGUGCGAGCUGGAGAUCCGGAUUAAGGAGCUAGAGCUGCUCACCAUCACUGGGGACGGCUUCGACUCCCAGCGCUAUAAAUUCCUGAAGGCCCUAAAAGAUGAAAAGUUACAAGGACUGAAGACCAGGCAACCUGGAAAGAAAACCUCUCUCUCCUGAGAAGCUGCCCACCGGAGCUUGGGCAGCCACCUCCUUAGGUGUUAGUGCUUAGAUAAUGUGUCCCAUUUGUUGUCAUUUCAAAGAUGGUUAUUUUCUGUUCUGCAUUUACUGCUGUUCCUGUUGCUCCCAGCAUGUACUCCACAAACAGUGCCCACUCGAGUGGUGAUUCUCAUGGUCUCUUUCCUCUUUGUGCCGCUGCCGAGAAAGCUCUCUCAUAGGGUCUAGACACUGCUGCCCGGCUGGCAUUCAGGGUCUCCCGAGACCAGGGGAGGGGACCCACAGCACUGCCAUAGUCAGGC